AUGGGCAAGAUCCUGCUCUUCUUGCUGCUGGGGGCUUUUGUUCUUGUGUCCAUCCAAGGCCAAGCAAUAAUAUGCAUGACCUGCAACGUGUUUGUGAAUGGCAAAUGUAUAGAAGGUGGGGGUAAAUGCACCAUGGAGGAAGGCGGUGCAUGCAGAACCAGGCAUAUCUAUCGUUUAAGUGCAAAAGAUGGGCUUCUCUACAACCACACGGUGCUGGAAUGUUCUAAAUCAUGCAAGGCUUCAGAAGAGAGCUAUUUUCACCUAAGAAUUUCAACUUCUUGUUGCAAAAGUUAUGAUUUCUGUAACAAAUACAAAGGAAAGUGA